UAGAACAAUUGACUCGCUUUCAUAUAUUUGUCUUCUUUGUCAGUCCUUUCCGAGAGGCACGCAGUCAUCUUGAUUUCACCUCAGAUUCACACUCACUCCUCGUUCUACAAACCCCAGAUUUUCAUACAUUCAGUGUGUGUAUACACACACACAAACUCCAGUAAGUAAAAUGGGUGCAUACAGAGCGGACGACGACUACGAUUACUUGUUCAAGGUGGUGCUCAUCGGCGAUUCCGGUGUCGGAAAAUCGAAUUUACUGUCCAGAUUCACCCGCAAUGAAUUCAGUUUAGAGUCUAAGUCGACUAUCGGUGUUGAAUUUGCCACUCGUAGUAUCCGCGUUGAAGAUAAAGUUGUCAAGGCCCAGAUUUGGGACACCGCCGGACAAGAACGAUAUCGUGCAAUCACAAGUGCCUACUAUCGAGGAGCAGUUGGUGCUUUGCUAGUCUAUGAUGUUACACGUCAUGUGACAUUUGAAAAUGUCGAGAGGUGGUUGAAGGAGCUCAGGGAUCACACAGAUUCAAACAUUGUUGUCAUGCUUGUUGGAAAUAAAGCAGAUUUACGUCACUUACGGGCUGUUUCCACAGAAGACGCGACAGCAUUUGCUGAAAGAGAGAACACAUAUUUUAUGGAAACCUCGGCCCUGGAAUCUAUGAACGUAGAAAAUUCAUUCACAGAAGUGCUCACUCAGAUAUACCGUUUUGUCAGCAGAAAAGCUCUUGAAGUUGGUGAUGAUCCAGCAGCUUUACCUAAGGGGCAGACCAUUAAUGUAGGCUCAAAAGAUGAUGUUUCAGCAGUAAAGAAGGUUGGUUGUUGCUCUGUUUAGAAGAGUGUCAAGAUCGAAAGCAUCUCAAUUUUUUCAGUCUUAACAGUCACCAGGUUGUGGAUUUUCAUCCUGUAUACAUUGACCACAUGGAUUGGUUAGCCAUCAAAGUUUUAGUUAAUUGACAUACAAAAAUAUGUCCAAAUCAGGACACAACUCCUUGGUCAUAUCACUCAUUAUUUUUAUAGUCAUUGUCAUGGUCUCUUGUUUCUUUGUGGUGUCUAUUGUUAGUCUUAGCCAGUUAUGAAAAUCUCGCGUGAGAUUACAUCGCUUCUGGUUUGAGUAUGGACGUGCAACAGUUAUGACUUCUAUCUAUGUAUUCUGAUUGAUUUUCGGAUUUUUCACUUUGAACAUUAAAAUUUCUUUGGAUUCAUACGUUGUAUUGCCCUGAAA